AUGAAACAGGAAGUGCCUUUGUCUCUAUUAGAAACUAGGGUGGAAGGGGGCAUAGCAGGCAUGAGUGCGUUCUUUGAUUUUGAAACGAUCGCCUAUGUGCUUCUUCUUGUCAUUUGCACGGCGACUUACCUGCGACAGUAUCGGCCUACACUUUUUCAUCGUGAUCAUAAUGAGCUUUACCGCAAGUUUCUUUACAAGUGUAGUGUCAUUGGCGAUAGACUUUCUUUGUGGGUAGCGCUUGGCUGUUUUGUUAUUGCGAUGAGGAUGCUCUUUGUGUACUAA